CAUUCUAUUCUUAUACAGACCCCGGCCCCUCUGGUUUAGUGCCUCAAUUUCCCAGAUUACAUCGCUUCUUUUCCAUCCGCCAUAUUGCCUUCGCCUAAACGCGCUGGCUGGAUCGGUUCGUACCCACAACUGAAAAUUGUUGCAGUGAUGACUCAGACAGUUCAGACCAACGGGGUUCAACCCCUCAGUAAGACUUGGGAGCUGAGUCUGUAUGAGCUACAGAGAACACCACAGGAGGCUAUAACAGAUGGACUGGAGAUAGCAGUGUCACCCAGGUCCUUGCAUAGUGAACUCAUGUGUCCUAUCUGUCUGGACAUGUUGAAGAACACAAUGACAACCAAAGAAUGUCUGCACCGCUUCUGUGCUGAUUGUAUCAUCACGGCUUUGAGAUCUGGUAAUAAAGAGUGUCCCACCUGUCGUAAGAAGCUGGUGUCCAAGAGGUCGCUGCGUCCAGACCCUAAUUUCGAUGCUCUGAUUAGCAAGAUUUAUCCCAGUCGUGACGAGUACGAAGCCCACCAGGAAAGAGUGUUGGCCCGCAUUAGCAAACACAACAACCAGCAAGCCCUUUCCCACAGCAUAGAAGAGGGGUUGAAGAUACAGGCUAUGACCAGACUGCAGCGUGGUAAGAGGCACACAGUGGAGAACGGCAGCGGAGCAGAGGACAAUGGAGACUCCUCCCAUUGUAGCAACGCUUCUGUCCACAGCAACCAGGAGGCAGGUCCAAGCAUUAAGCGCACCAAGACAAGCGAUGACAGCGGUUUGGACAUGGAUAACGCUGCUGAGAACGGGGGCGGGGACUCUGUGAUUGAUGGCGGCGCCAGUGAAAUAGAACUGGUGUUCAGGCCACAUCCCACCCUGAUGGAGAAGGAUGACGGCCACAACAGCGUGGAGUUUGUGCCUCGCUACAUCAAGACGUCCGGUAAUGCCACAGUGGAUCACCUGUCUAAAUACCUGGCUGUCAGACUGGCUCUGGAGGAGCUGAGAAGAAACGCAGAGGCCAGUCCUGUUAACGUGGAGGCAGCUUCAGAGAAACAGUACACCAUCUACAUACCUACUGCUGGAAACCAGUUCACUGUUCUGAAUGGUUCCUUCUCCUUGGAGCUGGUCAGCGAAAAGUACUGGAAGGUCAACAAACCCAUGGAGCUCUACUUUGCGCCGACUAAAGAGCACAAGUAGUCACACAUAAAAACACAUGCAUACACACGCACUCACCAGUGGGAAGUAAACGCAUGGACAUGGCUACACCUGUGCACACAGAAACAAGAGGAGGAGAAUGUGUGUCUGAAGGAGAUGAGAGGGGUUAGUGACACCCUCUAAAGGACUCUUGUAAAAAGAAAACACUUGUUUUAUAUUCUCUGUAUCUUUCUCUGUGUCUCUUUCUAUCUUCCUCUCUGUAGAAGGUAGCAGAUCAGAACAGCAGGUAUAUCAGAGACAUCAUUCUCUGAAAACCAGGGUCCAUGCUGAACUAGCAAUAUGUUGUUUUUUGUUUUGUUUUGUUUUUUUUUUCAGGUAAACAAAUUGUAUUGUACUAUAUUGGUCUUCAGCAAAGGCCCCUUUUUUUUUGGUCAAGAGAAAUGUGAUUAAAUCUUUGACCUUCCAUCCUCAACCAUGAUCACAGAUGUCAAUGAGAGACAAGUCCAUCAGCCUUUGAUUUGGAGCUUUGGAGAUCAAGAUCACUACCUGUGUUGGUGAAUUUAGGACCUGACUGUCAAAAUGGGACUGCUGCUCAGAAAAUUAUUCAGAACACGCUGGCUCGCGGUGACGCUGGAAAUGCCCAUUGACAUGUCCACGUAGCUACCACGUGGGUGUGCGCUUUUCAGCUACACACGCCCGAGAUAGCUGAAAGCUUAGCGAAAGUAGUGAAAUUUAAUCACUAAUGAAUACUUUGAACUUUGAAUACUUUGAACUUUGAAACACACUCUUGAAAUUUCAAGUCAUUUUAAGAUUUACAAUUUCUAAAACUAUCAUUUUUUUUCACAAAUUAAAGAGUCUGGGUUUUCUAGUUGCUCAUCUGAACUUGUGUUUCUCAGAUCAGUUGACUGACACAAUGAAAUCCCACAGAUUCAGAUUGAUUAGCCUUGAUGCUCUGAAUUGUUAAAAAAUUUCUCAUUCUGAAUUUUACCCAAUUCAGUCUUAGUGGUGCCUUUUAAUUUUUGGAUCUGAAAAUUAUCAGCGCAACCUGAGAAGCUUCGGGUGUAUUUACUUUUGGAAUUGCAAUUACAUGAGGUGAGCUACUGGACAUAGAGGGAAAUUCAAACCCCAGACAGAAGAGAAAAAUAUUCAGUAGUGAUUCAAUUUCAGUCAGACACAAACUGAAACAAAGAUUUUCGUCGACCCAUGUGGCAGCAUGUGACAUGCUGUUAUCACACAGUGUGUAGGGGCCCUUGAGAAAGCACCUUUUAAACCACGUGUUGAAUAAAACCAAGUAAAAUGUGCGUUCACACUGAGGAACCUGAUAGUUUUGACGAGCAGCGGACAGUGCGGGUGUCUCCACUUGCAUCUGUAUGGUAAAGUUACAGAGAUUGAAGCGGGCUGCUAAAUUUUCUCUAAACUCUUUAUUUUAUUUUUACAUGUGUCUGUAGCCUUUCAAAUAAACAGUAGAAUUGUGAAGGUUUGAAUGAGUGCAGUCUGUGAAAACUGAAUCACUGUAACUGGCAACAAGGGAGGGCACCAAAUGACUGGAGCUCUGAUGGCUCUUGGACUGCCAGUGUGAACGCAUGCUAACGAUGGUGCCACGCCAUCAGCGGAGCUCGUCUUGCUGUAGCUUGUAUAAUAUGGUUUAGUAUACAGCGGGAGAGCUCGUCUCACACUCAUUGGGGAACCCUGAAUUAAUGAGAAUCUUGUAGCUGUUGUCUUGAUCUGUUGCCUGUAGGAACCAACUGUUCUUUAAUAUCUGUGGCUUGUCCUUUUAUAAAUGUCUUUUGUAACAUGGAGAGGAAGGAGUGUGUGUGUGAUUGGAGGUGGGUGGGGAUGAGAGGGGCUUUUUGCAGCAUCCAUAAACAGCCAGACCAUUCAAGUAUUCACUAUUUCCACAAGCCUUCAACCCUUUGCUGUCAAGCCACUACUGACUCCCCAGUGGAAAGUGGUUGUCUGUCACUGGAAUAUUUUGGAAUAUUUUUUUUUGUCUUACAUGUAGAGAACAGAUGUCAACAUGACACCCGAGCUGUCUUCAUCUGCAGCUCAGACGUGCUCUGACAGAAAACAUUAGGCUACGUUUAUUUUUGUCGUGUUUCUUUCUAAGUUCCACAAAACUCCAGAACAGCGUCAGCGUGUGGGUGAAUGAGUGAGUGAAUGUGUGACAUACCAUAAAUGUCCUUUAUUUUACUGCCUUGUUGUAUUCCACAUCUGCUUUGGUGCGUGAGGGUUCAGAACACCCACGUGAACCCCUAACUGGACACAAACUUAACACAAUCACGUUAAACCCAAACAUCCAUGAUGUUUGUGGGUAAGAACAUGCACCAAUUUGCGUGGUAAAGUCUGCAUGUGAGAAGCUCCUUCUGGUGAUGAGCCGUGUUGCAACAAGGGUGUCAAACAUGGCUUGUAGGCACUGCCGUGGGUGCUGCUAGUGACCACUAGGGGGCAGAUACACUAAUCAUGGGUGAGUGGAUGAAUUAAUACUGAGUACUGAGGAGGAUUUGGGCAACAUGUGAAAAAAAAAGUGUUUUUGCACAGUUUAAAGUCAGAAUUCAGGCAUUAAAUAAAAAUUAAAUUCACAUGUGGCCUGAAUCCUCUUCUGUAAAUGAGUGUGUUGAUACAUCUGCAUCUGAAGGGAGGUCUUAGCAGGUGUGACGAAUCCCUCAGUACAGUCUGUCAGGGUUCAUGAUGACAUCAAGGCCUGGUCAAAAAAAGUAUGUUUUAAAGUCAGGCGCAGAAUUUAUUGUUUCAUAAGAAGCUGGAAAUAUUUCUCCUUGUUCACAUGUCACAUAUUUAGCAGUGCAGUUCCAGCGUAGCUCAUUUAUUUGAUCCGAGAGCCACGAUACCUGUAGCGUUUCAGGGGCAGUUGGUUACAGUGAUGAAUAAGAAGAUACAAGUGUUUCACAUCAGCAAUAUCCAGUCAGGUGACCUGACAAUCAGAAAACAGUGUUAUCUUAUAAAUAUUUCACUACAUUUUAAAGAGAAUGCAGCCUUUUUUCUGAUUGACUGGUUUUUUUUCACUUCAGUCAGUGUUUGUGAGAAUAUACUACAGCUUCUUUAGUCCACAAACUGGCACUACAGGAGUACUACUGCUCCUCAUGAGCCUAAUGAUUUCUGUUAGUUUGACAAAAUCCUCAUCAGCAGAUGAAGUUUGCUCGGUCGUCUCUAUUAAAAACAAAAAAAGAAAAGUUGUUUAGUCAAGAACAGACUUUUACAUUUAAAUUCAGUUUCUGCUCUACCUGUUAAUGUGCCAACUUAGUUACGUCUGUUGAUACAUUUAAAGUCAGUGCAGGUGACUCAUUUACCGCGAACUGAAGGACUCCUAGCUUAAGGAAAAAGGAAAAGCAACAAGUUUGACAGACUACCGUGACUACUGUCUCACUGGGUCCCUGUCUGUCUGAUAAUCUGUGUGUGUGUGUGUGCGAGUGUGAGAAAUGUGUAUACUGCAUCUUUCUGUUUGGAAAAUAAACCUGAAUCUGUGUUCAACAUGUU